GUCGUCGUUACACUCCCUAUCUCCUGGUUCCCUCUAUUAAAGCUUAUUGUAAGAAGCAUCUCAUAUUGUUCUAUAUAUAUAUUUAUUUAUUACCUGUCCUUUUGUUACCAUUGUUUUUCUUUUUUUUACUUUCUAAAGCGCUCAUUUUUCACUACCAUGUCGCUCACUAUUUGUGCCUGUGUGUCGUCAGCCAACCUCGCCGUCGUGAAGUCGGUCCUCGGCGAGCUUCUGGCGGCCCCUGCGAUGAAUACGUUUGUGCACGGGACAACACCCGAUGCCUUUGCCUCCGCCAAGUCCAGCGGCCAUCCGAUCGCUCUCCUGGUGGAGGGAGGCAUGGGGGUCGACGUGAUCAAAGAUCUCUGCGACGACCACGACAAGAAGGAGCGCCGCGUGAAGUUCAUCUACAGCCUGUCCGCCGGCGUCGACUCCUACCGCCUGCCCGACUUCACGAAACAGCUCCACGGCGUGCCGAUGCACAAUGCGCAGGGCUGCUACUCCAACAUUCUUGCUGAGCACGUCGUCUUCAGCAUGCUGUACUUCAACCGCUCUCCGUGGCGCAUUGUGGAGUCCAAGAGGGAGAAGAAGUGGGACCGCUUCAACAUGAUUGAGGCGCGAGGCGAAAAGGUCGUCAUUAUUGGCUACGGCGACAUCGGCCAGAAGUGUGGCCAGAAGGCGGCUGCACUCGGCAUGAAGGUGACGGGCAUCCGCCGCAGCGGCGGCAACACGGUGGACGAGCACGGCGUGACCGUGCGCGGCAACGACGCGCUGGACGAGGCGAUCCGCGAGGCCGACUUCGUGGUGGGCGUGCUGCCCGGCACGUCACACACGAAGCACUUCUUCAACAAGGACGUGUUCGCCAAGAUGAAGCCGAGCGCCGUCUUCAUCAACAUUGGCCGCGGUCAGACGCAGUGUGAGGAGGACAUCGUGGGUGCGCUGAAUAACGGUGUGAUUCGUGGUGCGGCCCUUGACGUGUUCGAGACGGAGCCGCUGCCGAAAGAGUCUCCUCUCUGGACAGUGCCGGACGACAAGCUGCUACUAACGUCGCACUGUGCUGACUUUACAGAUCGUUUGAUGGAGCUGACCGUAACCCGUUUUGCGGAAAUCUACAAGGACUACGCGACGUCCGGGAGGAGCGAUGCUUACACGGUGCAUCUGGAGAAGGGCUAUUAA